ACAGUGUUGUGAGUUGAAUGGCACCCGAUACGCAACGCAAGUCGCUCGGAGUUGGGCGAAUGCCGCACUAGUCGCAAGUCGCAACUCGACAGUUCGCAGUUCUCGGCUCAGUCAAAACUCAAAGCCAAUCGCUCGCCGUCCGCCGAGCAGUGCGCACGUGUGAACUGUGAUCGUGCCGCGUGCUGUUGUGAUCGUGAACGUGUUGUGAGUGAACUGUUGAGCACUUGCCGGCCGCCAUGGUGCGCAGCCUGGCUCAGUGGACGAAGACGCUGAGCUUCCCAGCGCGGCUCUCCCCCAACCGCGCCUCCAAGGAGAGCGUGGUGGCGGCGCCCGGGGGCUCCCCCACGCCUAGCGCCGCCUCUCUCCCGCAGGGCUCCGACAAAACAGCCUCGCCGGUCCCCAUCACUGAGAUCACCCAAAUAAUAUAUCCGGAUCCGGACUCGGAGAAAGCGAUAAUGGGUUCCGUCGUGUACUGCAUCCAUCACAAGGAAGGAUGCCAGUGGUCCGACGAACUCCGCAAGCUGAAGGCGCACCUGAACACCUGCAAGCACGACGCGGUGGAGUGCGCGGCGCAGUGUGGCGCCAUGAUCCCGCGGGUGCUGAUGCAGGACCACCUGCGGUACACCUGCGCGCGGCGCCGCACCAGCUGCCAGCACUGUCACAACGAGUUCUCGGGGAGUGCACUGGAGGAACACCAGGGCAACUGUACCCAUGAGCCAGUGUACUGCGAGAAUAAGUGCGGCGCCAAAGUUCAGCGGCGCCACACGCAGCAGCACUUGCAGCAACACUGCAGCAAACGCCUAGUGCCCUGCAGACACUGCGGACAAAAAUACACACAGGACACGUUGGGUGCGCACGUGGCGUCGUGCUGGCGUGCGCCCGUGCCGUGUCCGCAGCGGUGCGCCGCCGCGCCUGCACGUGACGAUUUGGAUGCGCAUCUGCGGGAACACUGCGCCGCCGCGCCGCUACCGUGCGCCUAUCGCGACGCCGGCUGCCGCUUCAAGGGCACGCGGCAGGCGUUGGAGCGGCACACUGCGGACUCCUGCCAAGCACACUUGGCGCUGGUGUGUGGCCUGGCCACGCGGCAGGCGCGCCAACUAGAUGCGCUGCGGGCCUCGCUGACGCGCCUCACAAUAAACCAGUCGGGUGCGCUCGUGUGGCGCGUCACCGACGUCGCCGCCAAGAUGGCCGCCGCCGAGACCCAGGACGGCGCCGAGCUGGUGUCGCCGCCCUUCUACACCAGCCAGUACGGCUACAAGCUGCAGGCGUCCCUGUUCCUUGGCGGCAACGGCGCGGGCGAGGGCUCGCACGUUUCGGCUUACAUCAAGCUACUCCCGGGCGAGUGGGACGCGCUGCUCCGCUGGCCGUUCUCGCACGCCGUGUCCUUCACGCUGUUCGACCAGAGCGGCAGCCCAGAGCGCGCCUGCAACAUCGUCGAGAGCUUCGUCCCCGAUCCCACCUGGAACAAUUUCCAGCGACCCUCCAAGGAGCCCGACGCCCUCGGCUUCGGGUUCCCCAGGUUCGUCUCGCACGAGAUGCUCAAGAAAAGGAAUUUCGUCAAAGACGACAUCCUCUUCCUCAGGGUCAAAGUGGACCCCAGCAAGAUAGUGGCGGUGUAGCCGCCGCAAUUGAUUAGAUUAAGUUUACUUUACCUCUCUUUAGUCAUAGCGUAAGUUGUAAAUAAUAAUGAUUUGUACAUCUAAGGUGUAAAUAUUAUAUAAACAAUUGUGGCUAAUGUGUACAUAUGCCACUCGCUCUUGUUAUCCUUUCACUGAAGAUCUCUUGAGUUUCAAGGUCGGGCUGGCGACCCCCGGCGCCGCCUUACGGAGCGCGGGGGGCUUCGGGAAAUGCACACACGUUGUCUUAGAUCACUACCAAGAUAGUGUGUUGACCUGCAUGUAUAUGUUCAAUAGCGUUUUCGUCGCCUUGUACAGAAGAUAAAAGGCGAUUAGAAAAAUGAUAAAACAGUCGAAACCGGUUGUAACUUAUCUGUGCAUGAAGAUAUAAACACAUACGUAUGGUCAUUGGAAUUCAUCGGUUAUAGACGAGCAACCGCCAUUACUGUCUCACUAAAACAAAAUAAUACUUUGUUAACUUUCACUUAACUUUUUUAACUUUAGUACAUAAGUUAACGGAAUAAGAUUGAUACUAGAGCUGUUUCUGUUAAUAUGAGCUCACAUCCUGUGAUCCCGAGAUAUGGCCUCGCGCUAUGAGUGGUAAGUAGUUAUUUUACACGUCAUAAUCAAUUUGGCUUGCGAUAUUUUACUUAUCCCAAAGGCUAGGUAAAAACACCUUGUAAAAAUAAGCAUAAACUGCAAAAUAAAACAAAGAUCGAAUUAUGAAAGAGACUUUACUAAGUUGGUUCAAAUAUCGAGUUUAUAUUUAUAUUUUUAAUCGCACAUCCGGUUUCGACUGUAAACAGACGCACAGCCCGCAGGCCCGACAUCUUUGUACAUAGUAUAAUAUGAUUUACUUAGUACCUAUUUAUUGUAUUCAGUUUCAAGUUCGAAGUUUAUUGUAUAUAUUAUAAUAAGUAAUGCAAUAAUAUGUCGCGUUAUGCUGGAGAUAGACCAAAGUGUGUUGGUGGGUUGGCGCCGCUCGGUGGUACUGGUUUUUACCGGUCGUUACCGGCGGGCGCGGACAGCUUCACCCAACGCGGAACGAACUGCCUCUGUAUACUACGAGCGUGUGGUUCAAGUUAUUUGUGUAUUUCUAAGUUCUCAAUGAUGGCUGCAAGUGAUUCGGCUUAAUGUAGAUCUCUAUACUAACGCUUGAUUGUGAAAUAAUCUCAUUCUGUAAUUUUACAUUCCACAAAAUUUAUUAAAUGUAAGAACAAUUUGUCAUAAGUACCGUUUUAUUAGAUUAAGAAAAAUACUAAUAAGAUUGAUAUGCCCUCAUCAUUUACCUCAAAAUCCUUAUCGAUAAAGUACCUAUCAAUCAAUAUGUGUCUACCAAAACCAAAGUUUUCGGGAUGCGUACUUUUUAAAUUUUUUCACUGCUGUUGUCUCGUCGUGAACAUAAUGAAAUCAAUUAAUUAAUUAAAACAAACUAUUUUAAUCGAGUUUAAUCUCCACAGUAGGUACGUAUAUAUAACAGAGAGUAACGACAUUAAUUUUUAUAUUACAAUUAAUAAGAUUACCACAGAGUAUCAAGUACUUAAGUAUAAGUGACUUUGACAGGCGUUAACAGUUGUUAUUUUAUUGAUUUUGAAGAAUAGUAAAUGCUAAUAGAGAUUUAUUUUUGUGAGCCCAUGGUCUUAGUGUUUUCUAAGAUUGUAAAGAUUAAAACUCGUAUAACUGAAUUUCACAUAUAGGUGUUUGUGUAUGUCUCAUUUUUAAUAUGUAUCUAAGGCCGUGUCCACACGUAACGAACGGUGGCGAAAGAAAACUAACAAACGAAAGAGAAAGAGCGUGACGAGAUGAGCGGAGGAUAAGGAUAGCUUUUAUUCGUUGUGUGUGGACAACGUCUUACCCGACGUUUCGAUGCCUUUGCAGGUCAAAGUGUCUAGUAUUACGUUGUUUUACCGUAAUUAAUGUAUAAUAAAGACCAAAUUAUCAGUUUUUGUAAAUGUAUGUAUAUUAACACUUCACGUUUUAUAUAAACAGUAAUUUUACCUUAACAUCAUUGACAUACAAUAUACAACUAGACUCACAAUUACAAACACUCACGUUCCAAAAUUUGUCUGAAGCAAAACUCUACCUACGCGUCUAUCAGGCAGAGUUUUCGUUAAGUUUUAAUCAUUUAGCUGAAUAAUUACAAUUAAUUGCCAAAACAAAGUGUUCUUACCUCGUGUUCGCAUCCACGUGCGUUUCUAGCGCGUGACGUCUAGUUACUACUUCUAACGGGCGUAUACGAUAGCCUUUGAACAUUACUGCCACGAAAUAAGGUGUUAAUUUGAAUGAAUGUUUUAAUGUUACCUGUAUAUUUACACAACGACUGGGAGUCUAGUUUUUUAUUGUACAUCAAUGAUUAGCACAAACAAUAUCCUGCUCAUGUACCUACAAUCUUUCUACAAAUGAAUCCAGUAUACUGUAUGUACUUAAGUACUAAUACAUAUAUAUUAACUAAUAUUUAUAUCAGAUUUAUAUAUAGAUAUAAUAUUUUUAUAUUUUUUCAAUGUCUUAGUUCGUAAUAUUAAGUAUUUUAAGUACCUACCAUCAGUAAUAACAAUAAGCCUAACAACCUUAGCUGUAGGUUAGAUUGAUAAGACAGGCAACUCGUGUGACAGUUGACACCAACAACACGUAGAUACCUACUGACAUUGUACUUUAUAAAAUGGAAAAUAUACUUCUCUUUUGAAAUA